UGGCAUCGCACUCUGGUCACCACAGCAAUGGCUUCACCAUGGAAACACUGCUGCAUCCUCCUCCUCUCUCUCCUUCUCCUCCAUCUGCAUUCGCCUACCUGCCUCGGCCGACAACCUGCUGACAGUGCUGCUGUCUCUCCAGUCCAUGAUGAAGGGAUGGCACAGAGUGAUGGAGGGAUGUUGAUAGAGGAGCGUUUGGUACCUGCAGACCAACCGUUCAGACGACUGCAGCUUCCUCUCCAGUCUCCAGAUGUAUCACGGAGGAAGUUACUUCAGGCGCCAGGAGCUGCACUUCCCUUCCCUCCCCUCAAGGUGUUGUCCAAUGGGGAGCCAUGCGUCCUGUUCCAAGCCAGGAAGCUGUCUCUCCGCUAUGAGAAGGAGAAUCAGCUAGACCUGACGGAGAGAGCCUUUUCUCCUCAGAAACCCGUCGACACCAGCCAGUCUGUCUGCCGUCAGGAUAAGGCCAUGCUGGUCAUGAGGUUUGGAGAUGUGGGGGAUUUGAGAGGCCUGUCCAUCAGACUGCAGCUGUCCAACACUUUCUACGAGUCUUCAGGUCAGUGGUGGUUCUCGGUGGACAGCGUCUCUCUGCUCUACAACACCUCCGAAGAGGCUGUGUUCAACACCAGCGAGGUGUACGCUCCAGCCUCCUCCUCCUACCACUGUUUCCAUGUCAGCAGCCUGCAGCGCUACAGCGCCCUGCUGCUGCCCAGCACUGACCACGCCCGCCGCUGGACCAUCACCUUCACCAACUUCCAGAUCCAGGCGUUCAACGUCACCACCGGUAAAUUUUCUCCUGCAAGCGACUGCGCUACCUUCCUGACGCCGGCCAUCCUGAUGGGCCUCAUCACUUCCCUCAUCCUGCUGCUGGUCCUGGCCUACGCCCUGCACAUGGUCAUCCACCUGAAACACAUCGAGCAUGACAAUGAACACAAGGCCGACCUCUACUUCCCCCAAAACCCUGAACAGCCUGAACAAUGCUGUGUGGAAAAUGUCGUUGAGAAAAAUAUUUUGUAGUGUAGCCAAGAAGAUAAUUAGACGCAUACACUUCAAAAAGAGACACAGCUGAUUUGACGCUGACAACUGGCACCAAACCUGGAUUAGAUUUUUUGAAUAUAUAUUUUUAGUGUUUUUUAAUAUGCCUAUUAGUGAAUUUCUGUAUUUGUAUUUAUAACAAAUUUAAUAAAAAUAUAAAUUAAAAAAUUAUCUUUUAUUUUAUUCUGUUUCUCUCUAUGUUUGUAUUGGUUGGUCCUAUUCCUAUUCUCCUUUACAAUAACAGAGUUUAUUGCAGGCCAUUUUAAUUUCAUUCCACCCAGUUUCAAUUCAAAUGUAAAUGUGGAAAAAUGGCAGAGAGUGCACAUUCAAUUCAAAAUGGCUGACUUCCUGUUGGGUUUAGGUAGGCCGGGGGCUGCAUUUUUUUAAAACUUCAAGGGGGCGGUAUAGAGCCAUUUUGCCCAGCCCAUUUCCAAAACCCAUUCCAGUUUCACAACUUUUCGAGCACCUUUAGGCCCUGAAAAAUGUGAUUCAUUCGUAAAAAGUUGGAAUCAUAAAGAAUAAUA